AUGAAGCUGGACAAGGCCUCCUACAACAGCAAGAACCAAGGGAAUAUGAUUACUACGAUCUACACGGCUCGAGCCUUUCUGCAGAUUUCAGGUCUCCUUGAACAACCAACCAACAGCCAGGAAAAGGAAGCGCCACCGCAAAGUAACAGGCAGGAAGUGUCACCGCAAAGCCAAGGCAGCCAAGGCAGCCAACCGAUCAACCAAACGCCACACUUGAACAAGCAGCCAACCACCGACCAACCGACCAACAGACAGACAGUAGAACUUGUGAUCGACUUGAGGUUGAGAUGGAGAAGAAUCGGUUGGAUGCAGCAACGGCUGACUCGACUCGACCAUUUGUCCGGAAGGGUCUCCUGGAAGAUCACCCAACUACGAAAAGGUCUCACCAUCGUAGGUUGCGGUUGCCUUGGGACUCACUUGAAGGUGCUGGUGCUCGAAGAGGGCGCCGAUAGGCUCUUGGACUUGACUCGAAGAGGGUAG